AUGGUCCGUUUAACCGCAGAUCUGAUCCUCGAAUCGCCGCAGUAUUUCAACGCGGUGCGAGAACGAGAGAUCGACUUAAGAGGGAAUAAGAUCGCAGUUAUUGAGAAUCUCGGAGCCACAGAGGACCUAUUUGACAGCAUCGACCUGUCGGACAACGAGAUAGUGAAGCUGGAGGGGUUCCCUCUUCUGCGGCGGCUCUCCACUCUGCUGCUCUGCAACAACCGCAUCACCCGCAUCAGCCCGCAGCUAGGUACCCAACUCCCCAAGCUGCAGACACUCGUUCUCGCCAACAAUCGCCUCACCAACCUAGCGGAUCUCGACCCGCUGGCAUCCCUGGCGCACUCCCUCACCUCGCUCUCCCUCCUCGACAACACGGUUGUCAAGAAACCCAAAUACCGCCUCUACGCCAUCCACUUGCUUCCCAAGCUGCGACUGCUCGACUUCCGAAAGGUCAAGCUCAAGGAGAGGCAAGAGGCGGAGGCAACAUUUGGAAAAGACCGAGCAGCAGCAGCAGCAGCCAAGCGUGUAUCAGCCAACACGUUUGUUCCCGGGGAGGCCCUGGCAGAAGCAGGGGGGGCAGGAGCUGGAGGGGAGGGAGCAGCAGCAGCUGGUGGUGCUGGUGGUGAUGGUGGGAAGGAGGGAAGGGAGGGGGCUGCUGCAACAGCAGUAGCUGCAAAAGGGCCAACACCCGAGCAGAUCACAGCAAUCAAGGUGAAGGUUCCUUCCAUGUGUUAG